GGCCUUGAAAUAAAUACAGGGAAAAACUAGAAAGUGGGUUAAUUGAUCUUUGCUGAUGUCGUCUUGUAUAUUUGUGCACGAAAACUUUCAAACAUGACAAGGUAUAUUACAGAUGCAGAGCAACUAGUGUCUUCUGAGAGUGGUUCCGAGGAAUCCCUUCAAGAUAUCAAUGCAGACGAUGAAAGAGAAAAUCAAUCACAAAAUACGAACGACACUGAAAUUAUCGCACAAAAGCAUCGCAACUCGUAUUUUAAAUACGGAAUUAUUGCUUUGGCCAUAGUUGCAGUGACAGUAGUAAUAAUUUAUCUAAAUCAGAAGGAAAAACAGCAACAGCCACCUCAACAAUCUCACCAUGCCUUCUUCUAUCUGAAAACAGAAGGUUACACUGAGUUGGAGGGUAUAACUGAUUUACAUUGGUUCAAAGAUGAGAGCCAGGAUGUAGGCAACUUUCAUUUGGUUAAUGAAACUUACAUAUAUGUGCCACAAAAUGGGAUUUACCAAAUAGGCUGCGCCGUGCAAUUGUACAUUCCAGAAGAUACUCCUUCAAAAUGUCCUCCUCCACCUCCUCUACAGCCUGUGGCAACAACUUCACCACUGCCCACGACACCAACUUCUCCACCCUUUCACCAUUCCUUGUUACACCUAAAAACAAAGGGUUACGAAGAGUUGGAGAGUCUAACUAAUUUACAAUGGAUAAAAGUUAUGAACCAGAGUAAAGGGGAUAUUAAAUUGCUUGGUGGAACUUUCAUUUAUAUUCCUGAAGAUGGUAUUUACCUUAUAGAAUGUACAAUUCAACUCAACAUUCCAAAAAAUACUAUUACAUUUCAUAUGUUCUUGACAUUGGAGGGAAAGAAUGGAACACAAUAUGAAUACAUAAAGGAAACUUUAAAUUCCUUAACUUUCUCAGAACAUACCAGGAUACAAUUGAUAUCCACAAAAUAUCUUGAAGUUAAUGACAAGAUCUAUUUCAGGAUGAACAAAGUGAAAUUCAUCAGUCCUGAUAAGUCCUCAAGCCGCUGUUCUAUCACCAACAUACACUAAAAUAAUCCUCAAUAUAUUUUUACAACUGGUAAGCACCCAUGCCAAAAUAGCUUGUGGUUGUAGGUCUCAAAUAAAGGUUGGUCUUAUUCCAAGAUGCAAUUGGCAGCAGCCAAUCCAAGUGUCGGGUCACAAGAACCAGCAAAGAAAGAAAGAGAGAGAGAGAAAGAAAGAAAUAGUGUGUUUGUGACAGGGAGAAACUGCUUGCGAAGCGUCUAAAAAAAAAAAAGUGGAAGAGGGAGACAAAGCGGCGAAGGAAAAAAAAAUUUCUCUCACCAAGACAGCGUCUAACAAAAAAAAAAAAAAGAAAAAGGAACGAACAAGUGGAAGAGGGAGACAAAGCGUAUUAGGAAAGAAAAUGUAGCUAAGGAAGACAGAGUAAAAUGCAUUUGUUUUCUUAAACAUGAGAUAUAGUUUCAAAUAUAAGAUGUUUUUGAAAGACACUCUAUUCUAUAAGAUUAUAUAUACUUUCUCACACAACAAUUCAAAAAUUUUUUAUUUUAAAUCUUUCAUCUUUCUCCCCCCUCUCACUCUCACACAUACGCACAUAUACUUUGGGAGCGAAAGAGUUUUGUUUACAUUCACAACUAUGAAACAAAAACGUAUGUAACAAUUGUCAGUCACCCCACCCCCAACCCGUUUUUCGGACCACAAAAAGGGUUUGAUAAUUUUUCAGAUUAACACCCGCACGAUUUCCACUAGGAUGUUACGGUUAGGGUUACGGUUUUAGGGUCAGUUAGGGUUAGGGUUAGUUAACCUAGAAGGGAGAGGCCCCUUAUUUUUUGGUUAAGGUUGUUGGUAAGCUUUCCUAAGUUACUCCAAUCCAGAUCCCCAAUGCAAAUCUUCAGAUCAACCUUCUCCUAUGCAGAUCUCUAAUUCAGCAUUUAAAAAAAAGAGUCAAUGACUGAAAAUAACCAAUAAACUGAUUCCUUAUGGGAUUUCCCAAUCAAAUUGCCAGCAAACCAUUUUCAACCAAACCAACUUCAACGGAUUUCGCUCAAAUAUGAUGUAGAUGUUACUUAUUUUGGUUUGAAAUAAAGCACUUAAUCAUUUAAUAAUCCUAGCUUAAUCCCGAGCAGCGCCGGGCUAUACUGCUAGUAUAUAUAUAUAUAUAUAUAUAUGUGUGUGUGUGUGUCUGUGUUUGUCCCCCCAACAUCGCUUGACAACCGAUGGUGGUGUGUUUACGUCCCUGUAACAAAGCGGUUCGGCAAAAGAGACCGAUAGAAUAAGUACUAGGCUUACAAAGAAUAAGUCCUGGGGUCGAUUUGCUCGACUAAAUGUAACAUGAUUAGCAUAAUUACACGUACAUAAUUAAAUAUAAAAUGCUUAUUGUUUUCAGUUUUCAUUUUACUUAAAUGCUGUAAAAAUGCUUAACAUCAUUACAUGUACAUAACUUUAAAAAUAAAAUACUUACCUUUUU